AACUCCGAUGACCAUGUUGCUCAACUUUUGAUUUUGGCAACCCAGUGGCAGAAGGACCCGCAUUUGCAGGAAACCGCUGCUGUGCCCAUUGCCAAAAGCAAGGAAUUGCUUGAUCUUUUGCGCAGACGUGAGUUUUGCGAGGUUAGAGCCGACAUAGCAAGUUCGACUUUGGACCUCACAGUCCACUUGCUCAUGCAGCGCACAUGGAGUUUGAGUCGGGCAAGCGCGCCACCAGACUGCUAUGCUGAGCUUUUGCACCCAGAUGUUGACAAGCAGCAGGCAGCAGCCCGCUUGCUGAAGCGAGAUCACAUUGCUGUUCUGCAGUUGGAACAGUGUGCUGCUGAUUCUGGCAGAACCGUUCAGCUUCUUGAAGAUUUGCGUCAAGUAUUCACUCCCCCUGUCAAGCUCAUGAUGCAGGCAUUUGAGGAAGACUUUUACCGAUGUGACUCUCCAGCAGGACGCCACUGGCUAUGUGGUCUCUUGAGGACCCUUCCGGAUAACAAACUCAUUGAAGAUCUUCAUGGUGUCUUGAGGAAUGAUGCCAAAUCACAAAAGACGAGGCGGCAGACCUUGCACCACAUUAUGGAGCUGGUGACACAGUCGAAGCAACUUUCAAGCCGAAAGAUUGUGCACAAACCGAUGGUGGACCGAGCAGUGUUCUUGCAGGAAUUUCCCAGAACACCAGACAAAGCGCGCAAGAGGCGUUAUUGGGCUCGCCAUCACAAACUUGCCAAACACUGGUCGACGAUAAUGGGCAGGAAGCACUGGUCCACUCUAUCUGAAGACAUGCUUCACAGAGGUUUUGCAGCCCUCGCAUUCCUCAGACACUACACUGCAGAGGGCAUGGGCCGGGAGGGGAUUCCAAUGUCCCGUGGCUUGCUGUCAAAAUUUGCGGUAGAGCUUCACGUCCUUAAGCACAUUCCGUCUGACUAUAUUGGGUUUUGCCUUGGCAAUGCUUGCUGGGCAUGCCUGAUGUGGCCUUUGCAGGAGUUUUGGGAUGAAGAUUCAGAUUUCACUGGCUACUACUUGUCGCCGACUGGUGAGGCCCAUUGGAAGUUUUUGGUGAACCCGCUGGAUUGGCUGGUAGUGAGCUUCCAGGCGGAACUCUUCAAUGACCAGAUCUUCAUGGUUCCCCAGGGCAAAGAGACAUUGCUUCGAUUUUUCUUUGCUGAUGUCGCCUUGCAUAAGAAUGUCACUGUUGCCGACUUGAUGGUUCUCAGCAGAUUUCUCGAUCUCAGUGAAGAAACAAAGAGGUUGAAGCGAGCUGAUUUGAUCCACAAGCUUGUUGAUGAAAUUGGUGGUCAAGAUCAAGAUUUCAUCAGCAAAAUCAAAGCUGACAUGGCCAAGCCGGAGAAGAAUGAAAAACUCAUUGGUGAUGAGUUGGAUGAGUUCGUCUUGGCAGAACUCCCAGCAGAAGACCAAGAUGAGUUUCGUUUGGUGGCCAAGGAGGUCGAUAGCAGAAAGAAGGCUGGUUGGUCUCUUGUGGAAUGCCAGUGGAAAAAAGCGAUGGCCAAGAAGAAAGCUAAGGCUAAGCCAAAGGGCAAAGCCAAGGCGAAACCCAAGGCUAAGGCCAAGUGUGGUUUUGCAAGGAGGUCGCGGAAGCGAAAGGCGUCGGAGAUGGAACAGGCGGUGACUUGA